CAAUCGUUCAAUCAGCAUAACUUUGAAUUAUUAACAAGUGUUUGUGUUCAGUGUAAAUUUAUUAGACAGUUAGAUUAUCGGCUAUUACAAACAAAACAAAAAAAAAUGAAAUUCCUCAUUGUUUUCGGUUUUGUGGCUGCUGUCAGUGCAAUGCCAUAUCAUGGUUUAGUCAAUACUGGUGCUUCAGCCGUUCAACGACAUGAUGAUGGUUAUGGAAAUUAUGCAUUCGGUUAUAAUGAAGAUCAUGCCCAUGGUGGUACAUUCCGUAAAGAAAAAGGAGGACCAGGUUAUCAGGUCGGUUCAUAUGGUCUUCGAGAUGCUGAUGGUCGUAUGCGUAUUGUUGAAUAUAUUGCCGAUGCUCAUGGUUUCCGUGCUUCAAUUUCAACUAAUGAACCGGGAACUGAUCCAAAACAAGAUCCAGCCGCUACCUCGCUUACCUACGGUGGUCAUGCUCCAGGUCCAGUCCCAAUGGCUCCGCUUCCAUUAAUGGAACAUGGUCCAGUCUAUGCUGCUGCUCCAGUUUAUGCUGCUGCUGAACCAGUUUAUGCUAAAGCUUUGGCACAUCCAAUGGCCGCUUCAUACAGUAUUCAACAUGCUUCAUAUUUGCCAGCAAUGGCUAAUCAUUAUUAUCCUGAACCAUUGAUGGCCGGUCAUUAUAAUGUUGGUCAUUAUUAAUAAUAUUUAUUUUUUUUUGUUGUUGUAAAUCUUAACCUAUCCCGCCAUUGAAAUUUGUUUCCCAUUGAUCAUCACUAGUUUUUUAUUAUUUCAGC